UAAUUCUCCUGCCGGUGCUGGAAAUAAAUAUAAGUCUGAUUAUAUCUUGAAUCGAGAGUUGUUUGCCUUUCCCCUGAGUAUACUGUCACAGAGAAUCCCCCGCGGUGUGUGAGUUGUUGAAGGGAAAAAAAGGGCCAAAACAAAAUGUCGCAAGCAGUUGGCAAGACCCGUCUUGCCUUUUCUCGCACAUGGCACUGUGUCGACGUUGGAGCCGACCCGCGUUCCCUUGGCCGGCUCGCCUCCUCUAUUGCUCUUUUCCUGAUGGGCAAACACAAACCCAUCUAUGACCCGUCAACCGACUGUGGCGACUACGUUGUCGCCGUGGGCUGCCAUGACCUACGUGUCACGGGGAAGAAGCGCCUGCAGAAGCAGUACUACACGCACAACACAAGGCCCGGAAGCCUGCGAAGCAUGACCAUGGACAAGAUGUUUGAGAAAUGGGGCGGCGGCGAGGUGCUGCGCCGCGCAGUUAGGGGAAUGCUGCCCAAGAACCGGUUACGGAAUAAGAGACUGGCUAGAUUGAAGACCUUUGAAGGUCUUCAUCACCCUUACAAGCAGAACAUCGUCAAGAUCGGCCAUGAGUCUGCCAUUGGGAGCCUUCCCCAGGUGCAGGAGGCGUUCAAGAAUGCUAAAGCACCGGAAUCUUCACCAUAGUCAGGAAAAACUGAAAGAGAUAGAUGCCUCGUUUUUGUUCUAUGUGACCUUGUAUUUUAUCGUUCCCUUUGUGUGUUUCCAAGCUGCAAGCGCAUGGGUGGAGUCCAUCUUUCUGUUCCCCCUUUUCGGUUCUCUACUUUUACCACAAGGGCUACUCAAUCCCCAUGGACCUUGUUUUGCCCAACUCGAGAGAAGCCUCGGGGAGGGUAGGGAGAUUGAGAAUAUGUAUUUGAUGCUCGAUUGAUUCCCUCUGUUUGACGCUGUGUACUAUAUGAACAUAUACCAAAAAUUUAAACGCUAGCUUGACUAUCCUAUCCCCAAGAUGAGAAGCCUACUUUAUCUUAAGUGCAAGGCUCUCUUUACAAAAAAAAAAGACUUCUUGAUAUCAUGA